AUUUGAAAACAAUGCAGUGGGAUCUAUUUUUUUGAAAAACAAAGUUUAGUUAUUUCUUGUACAAUUAUCAUGAUAUGUAAUUUAUUAAUAGGAAUUUAGAUAAAUUGAUAUCUAAAGCUUAAUUAAUUACAAUGUGUUUUUCGUAUUAUUUAUUAAAGAAAUACUUUUAUUGUUAAGUGUGUAUACAACCGAUCUCAAGAUGACCACUACGGACGUUAAAUGGAUCGAAAAACUACGAAUAGAGAAUUUAGAUCAAUACUUUACUUUAGUGCGGAUGCAUUUAUCGUUCGUCGUUGAUAUAAAUACUGACGAUGUUGAUUGUUCAACUGACAAGCCAAAGCAAUUCCGAUGGAAUUUUCACAAGAAGACUAAAAACAGUGCAUCAAAUUCUAGUCAAAACGUCACAAAUACUACAAAGAAUAAUUUAGAAGCUAAUUCUAUAACUGAAGAAGGUAUCCUAAGAUUGAAUGAGUUGAUAGACUUUUUAGCCAAAGCGGAAAAUGUAACACAAGAAGGUAUUUUCCGGAGAACAGGGUCUUUGAGUCGUCAACAAGAGUUACGUCAGCUCUUAGUGACAGGCUCUAGUUUAGGACUUGAUGAAGGCAAGUUCUCCGUGCAUGAUUGUGCAUCGGUCUUGAAAGGUUUCUUAGCAGAAUUGCCACAGCCUUUGUUAAUGGAUCAGUAUUAUCAAACUUAUUGUACUUUAGCAGCUCAAUACCCACCAAAUGCGGAGUCAUCGACAACCAAACUUCUCACAGCUCUCCAAUUACUUUUAUUACUACUGACACCAUCACAUAGAAACUUUCUGCAGCGAUUGCUACUCUUGUUGAGUACUGUAGCAGACCACGAGGCCUCAAAUAGAAUGUCACCUGAUACCUUGGCUACUAUGUUCACACCUCAUCUACUGUGUCCAAGAAAGCUUUCGCCAGAGACAUUCCAUGCUGACUCAAUCGCUCUAUCACCAGUUAUAAGCUUCAUGAUCCGUCACUCCGGCAAGCUGUUUGAAGCACCCACGCAGCUGACAACAGACGCCGCGGCGUAUUUUACGAUGCGCGAGCGCAAACGUGUCAUGUCUCCCGAUGUGGACUUGGAUGAAAGUAUUACUGAUAAGACGGCAGCAAAUACGGUAUACACGUUCGUAGACCGGCACCGUACGUGCGCAGAGAACGCGCGCAAUCCCACAGACACGGCGCUCGCGCAACUCUACGCGCAUAUACAGGCAUUGCCUGACUCCGCGCACAAGAGACGUCUCGUCAAACACUUCAAUAGGCAGAAUGGAUACGGAACACCAAUACAAAUACAAAGGACAGGCAAAGUGGCAGGUUCAAGAAGUUUCGGUGAUUCAAUCAAACGACAUAUCUUUAACAAAGGCUUGCUGAAUAAAACUCCAAAGAAAGGCUCCAGUUCCGUCAUUACGGUCGAAGAGAAGUCAUGUAAGGGAAAGUUAAAAUUCUCUGACGACAGUAAAGUCGAUGUAACUCAUAAGAAUAUCGUUCUAAAGAAUUUAGCAAAUAAAAUAGCCAGUACUGAAUCAUUAGAAGACAACGAUUACGAUUCAGAUCAGAGUAACGAAAGUACAUUGUCAGAAGGCGCUUUGAAUCAAUCGAAAAAAUUGAGUCCUAAAUUCGUUUCCGAACCCAAUUUGAGUAUAAUCGAUCCGAACGAUACACCGAAGAAUACCAAAAAACGUGGUACGCGAUUGUUUCGAUCAAAAGUUAUAUCAGCGUCGCAAAAUUUGAAUAAGAAAUACCAAAAACGCGGUACAAUUCGUGGUACGCCGACUUCCUGUGUGUCCUGUUUGGACGAUCAAGAUACCGCUUCGGAGAAUGAAUGUAUGGAGAACGCCAUAGAUAUAGAGACCCCAAAGAAAUCUAAGCUUUCUGAUAAUGAGAUAGAGUUCAAAAUGCAUUAUUUGACAAGUACUCCGGGUGUGAAUGAGGAAGUGUUUGAAGAAUGCAGUACUCCUUAUGCGGUGAACUUUAGAAGAGCCUCGAUGUCUCCAAUAACAAAAUCAACACAGAAACUAUCAAAAGCAAUGCAGGAAUCGAUAAUGACGCCUCGUUCGAGGAAGCCGCUUAUAAUAACUUGUGAGCAACGAGAUUCACUCCCGGACAAGGAUGAGAAGUUAGAAGUGUACCAAUCCGUCUCACCAAAGAACGAUAGUGACUUCGUGUCUUCAGAUGACGAUAUCAUGUCUAGAUCUUCUAUUUCUUGUGACAGGUCUGGUCAUUCCAAUAGCGUGUCAUUAUCGAGAAAUAUACCAUUCGAUGGUAGAUCCGGUUCAAUUUGCGAAGUCAGUCCACUUCGCUCUCAGAACACCAGAUUUGUCGUCAGUCAUGAACGAAAAAAUAUAACAGAUUUAAACACGACUUUAUGUGAAGAUUUAUUACUACCAAAUAUAAAAAGCCACGAAAUGGGAUAUAUCGAGAAAUCGAAAUCGUUAACGGAACCAUUCAGAGAAUAUUUACUGAGCAGAUCAGUUCUUACAGCAACACCGAUCGAUCUAUCGAUAUUAAAAUCUGAAUCGAAUGAUUCGAUUAGCGAAUCGUUAAUGUACUGCCUCGAUGGGAACAUGCCGAGCGAUUUGACAGCAUCGAUUAGUAGUUUGGUGCUGGAAUCGAAUAAUCGACGUUCGCCAUUAAAGGAAUUAAAUAAUAUGAAUAGUCCAAAUAGAAAGAGAUGUGCAGAUGAGGAAACAGUCAAAGGAAUUAAAAAAGUUAUAGUCGAGAAACCAAAUCAUCCCGAUCAACCGUUCGAGUUGCGUGAAACUGAUCUUUAGUGUUACCAGAAAUACUUGUGUAUUAAACAUUUCAGUGUUGCCUUAUUUUGUACUGAAUAGGUUUUUUUUCUGAUUUGUUAUGUUUACGUUAGUUUUUGUAAUUUUAAUAUUAUAUAUUUAGGACUAGCAUAAUAAAAAUUAUACUAAAUUAUUUGUCUGAUUUAUUGUAGUUAGUCAGUACAAAAUGUAAGACAUUACGAAUUCAAUAAUUUUAAUCUAAUACAAACCGAAUAUGUUACAAUUCGCCAAAAAAGGACCAAGUAUUUAAGGAAGCGCGCUUUAAUAUUACAUCCAAAUUUUGAAUGUAGUAAAUGUCUAUGAUACUAUAGUACUGACCAAGUAAAAGAUCUCCAAGCUUUGAGAAGUGUUACUAUUUUUUUUUUGCAUUAACCUGGUAACCUGUGCUACUCUUUCAAGUAUUAUAUAGACAGUUUAUAUAAUACCAGGUCUUUGAACUUGUAACUCGAUUGUGAAUAAUAGAAUUGUAUAUAAGUACCAAUUGUUAAUAAAUAUUUCAAUAUUUUUAUAUGCUAUUUGUUCUCCAACUUAAUAU